UAAACAAAAUCAAAAUCAAAUUGAAUAAAGAAAUUUGAGUUUCGUGUGCAAUAAUUUUGAAAUUUCUUUUGCAAAUAUUAAUUUGAUUACAGUAUUUUACUCAUUUGCACACAGUCUAGAGUAUAAGCGAUUGUUUUUAUGUCUUACCCGUGUAUAGAUUUAUCAUGUUCUGUUAAUUAGAGCAUUCCAAAUGCAAACGCUGUGAUUGUCGAGUUAUCAGUUAGCAUAGUAGGUGAUAUCGUGUUCCUGAAUUUACCUCAAAAUGUACGGAAGAAGUAAACAUUCUCCUAAAAAACACCACAAUUCGAAUAAACUAAAGGAUGGAAGUGGUUCGAGUUCAUCGUCGACGAAGCAGAAAGAUCUCAAACCCGCUAUCGAACCGCCACCGAGCGAAGAUAAAGAGAUACCAUUACCUGUGUUGAAAAUGGUCGAUGUAGAAAAGCAUCUGCAAAGUUACUCUUCGAUUUUGCAACGGUCUCCAGAUGAAGGCGUUGGUAUGGAAGACUUGGAUAAAUUACAAAUGGAGCUUGAAAUGUUGCUGUCGAACGUUGUCUUGCGUCAGAGAACGCUGCAUUCUGAAAUAGCGCUUAUUACAUCGGCCGAAGAAAAUAAACCCAAGAAAACUGCCAGCUUAUCUUUAGCUAAAAGUGUUUGCUAUAUUAAACGAUAUAAAAAACACGAAGACAAAUCAGAACUGGCCGAUAUUUAUAAUAAUGACAAUAACGAAGACAAAUCCGAACUUAGUAAUGGUAAUAGAGAUAGUAGUAGAGAUGAAGAUGGUGAUGAUUCUUUAGAUGAUUUAAAAGAAUUCUCCGCUCGUCAUCCUCCUAAAAGAAGUAUACCUUUGAUGCCUCCUUCUAUGGUACCCGUAUCAAGAAACGAUGUAACUAAUAAAUUUUGGUCUAUGGUCGAGCCAUAUUGCUCUGAUAUCAAAUUGGAAGAUAUUAAAUUUUUGGAAGAUUUAUUAAAAUCAUACGAGCUCUAUGAAAAAGACGAAUUCAAAGAAAUCCCACCUUUGGGUACCCAUUAUUCGUUAAAAUGGGCUAAAAAAGAUUCUAAAGAAGAAGCUACUCCGAUCAGUAGAAGCGAGAAUGAUAUCGACGAAUCCAACGAUACCAAAGAAUUAGAAUCUAUUACUAUACCAAAAGUUUGCGUUCCUGGUCCGAUGGUUCAAAGGUUAGUUUCUGCUCUAGUUGAAGAGAAUCCUUCGCCUUCGGGAUCAGUUAAAAGAAGUCGAUUGGAUUAUGAAACAGACGAAAAUGCCGGUCAAACAGCUCUUAAGAAGCCGAAGGAUUUCUUAUCUGGAUUUAUUUUAUCGAACGGAGAAUACUCUGAGCUCGAACAAAAUUACAGAAUGUUACCAUUUUUUCAUAAUUCUCAAUGUUUUGAGAAAAAGGUUCGUAAGGAGUUAGAAGCCAUCGGGUUUCUCGAUCCAGUUAAUGAAAACAAUCAGGAUGACUCGGACGAAGUCUUAAACGAAUUAAAACGGUGUCAAGAUGAAUUACAAUCAGUCGCGUCGAAAAAUAAAGCCUUUUUAACGAAUUUGCUGCAUACUGCGAAGACUGAAUAUAGACGUCAACAGAUUAAAACUCAGAUUAAAAAUCUCAAUAACGAAAUCGCGGAUAUAAAUAUGAGAAACGUAGCUUUGAAAUUGAAGAAAAAACACUUAUGCAAGAAAGAAGCCGACGAAGCUUGGAAACUGCUAAAAGAAAGAGAAGCUUUAAUCAAGAGAUUGGAAGAAAUUUCGUGAUACUGAUUCGAAGAAAAUAUCAAGUUGUAUAAAAUAAUAAGGAAAAUGUCGAGAAUAAUUACGAGUAAUUUAUUAUGUAUAAUGUAAUUCAGCACAGUGGUAGUGGCUAUUGAUACAGUUCGGGUAAUUUUUUUUGAAUAUUUUUUUCAACGACUGAUUUUUUUCUAUUCCACUUCUACCCCGGUAUUUCGCUGAUGUUGUGAACAUAAAAAUGAAACUUUAACCUGCUCAGUAUACCAAUUUAUUUUUUUUCUCUUUGUGUAUGUAUAAUAAUAAAUUAUUUAUAAACGUGUGUUAUAUUCAGAUAAGUCGAUGAUUGGUCCGAAGUGACGCGAACCGAUGAUGUGGUACUGGUUGGAUAUGUUUUAUACUUAUGUGAUAUUUGCUAUUUUUGUCCUAAUAAAUAUUUUUGUGUUCUGAAUAUGUAA